GCCAUGUUGCUCGAGGCGCGAGGCAGGAUGGACCCUCCCGCGGACCAGGCGCCGGCCCAGCCGGAGCUGCUGGAGCAGCUGCGGCGGGCGGCGGAGGAGCGCGACGAGGCCUUGCGCGGGAGGGCCGACGAGGCCUCCCUGCGUGCCGCCGCCGAGGAACAGCUCCGGGUGGCCGUGCAGGAGCGGGACGAUGCGCUCGAGGCGGCGCGGGCGGCGGAGCAGUCGGCGCGGGCCGCCUCGGAGGCGCAGGCGGCCCUGGCGGCGCAGGCUGCCCAGGCCGCUGAUGAUGAU